ACAUUGAGUCAAUACCUACACUGCACUGCCUGGCUGUUUUGUGCUACCUAGUGAGCGAGCGAGUAAAGCAAGAAGAGAACUUUGGUUGAGUUGUUAGGUAUAAUUUGUAUUUAAAAUCAUGGGGCUAAAAGAAGCCAAUAUUUACUUAGAUAAUCAAUUGAAUACAUAUUACGCUGGUCAAACAGUAAACGGAAAGAUAGAGUACACUUUUGAUAGUCCUAAAAAAGUUCGAGGAAUUCAAGUUAAUUUUAAAGGCGAAGCCCAUACUGAAUGGUAUGAAAGUAAACAGCAAGAAAAUGAACAAGGGAAAACGGAAUCUAACGACACAACUCACACAGGACAUGAGGAAUACUUUCAGGUUUCUUAUUACAUUUUGGGAAGCAGCAGUGGCAAUGAGAUAGAGAUUCCAGCCGGGAAGCAAGUGUACAACUUCACAUGCACUCUGCCACCUGUUCUGCCUUCAUCCUUUGAGGGAGAAUUUGGAUAUGUGCGAUACACUGUUAAAGUGACCCUUGACAGACCAUGGAAGUUUAACCAGGACACCAAAAUGGCUUUCACUGUUAUUAAUGCUUUGGAUUUGAAUCUCAAUCCUUCAUACAGGGAGCCAAUCCACAUUCAAAUGGAGAAAACUUUCUGCUGUUUCUGUUGCGCCUCUCCUCCACUAUCUGUGGAUGUACUGGCACCGGUCUCGGGAUACUGUCCAGGGCAAGUUAUACCCAUCACUGUUGAUAUAGAGAACAAAAGUAACGUCCAAGUACACCUUGUUAAAGUAUUUUUAAGAAAGGUGGUAACAUACAGGGCUUCAUCAGCAACAAAGAAGACAAAAGACAUCAUUCUGACCAUUCAAGAAGGCCCAGCCCCGGCGGGCUCCACUAAGCAUUGGAACUUGAACAUGGAGAUUCCACCCAUACCACCGUCCAAUCUCGUCAAUUGCAAUAUCAUAGACUUGGACUAUGAUUUAAAGGUAGAAUGUGUGGUGUCAGGCAUGCAUAUAAAUCUGAAAGACAAGAAGUAUAUAACCAUCGGGACCGUGCCAUUGAUGGGCAUAGCCUCGGGCACUCCGGCCAAGCAGGACUCCCCGGGCCAGCCAGCGGUAUUGCCAGUUCCACCUUCUGCUCCGUCGGCGCCGGGCGAGCCGUCGCCGGGCUGGGUGAACCCUAGCGCUCCGCCGCCGCCCUAUCAGUCGUUGUACCCCACACUCACUGAACCAGUCUACAAAGAAUCUCAGUACACGGCGCGCACGAUCCAGGACCGAGGAGACGACGCCCACACGAUGAUAAGGGCGCCCCAGUUCGCCCCCUACUACCCCACUUAUGCCGCGGUUCAACCACCACCUUUACCUCAAUAACAUACGGCCAAUUCUCCAUCCGCUGAUGGAGUUAACAGUUUAACAAUUCAUCUACAAUUUGGAAAAUAAGAAAUUAUAUGCCGUAUUAAUCUUAUAAUUAUCAACCCACAGAUGGGUUAAGGCCUCCUUUUUUGCCUCUACCUAUGGUCCUGUGCCAAUCUCAUCAAUUGUUUUCCCUUUACCCAAACAAAGUCAAACGACUUGCGGUCUGUCUGUUUAGUGUUCAAUAUAAUGGAACUAUUGUAAAUAAAUUAAUAUUUUACACCCUGAGAAGGAUGAUGGCAACUGAGAUACAAUAUUUAUACUAGUUCAGAUGACACAACAAGUUCACCAACAACUUUCUUUUCGCCAUCGAUAUAUAGGUACUAUUAUUUAAAAACUCAAUCUUGUAAUUAUAAAAUUAUUAUUAUUAGCAUUGAAGUAGAAGAAAAAUAGAUUUACUUUGUUCAGGAAUUAGAAAAAUACAGACUUUACUCACAAAUAUUAAAAGAAAGGUGCAAAAAAUAUGUGUGUCACAUGACUGCGUAGGCGGAAGUAAUGAAUAUGUCCGGGCAAAUUAAAUUUUACUUAUCGGCAAUUGGAGGAAAAUUCUCGUAAUAUUUAAGAUGCAUAUAUGCAUCAAUUUGAAGAAUAUCAUACAGCAAUCUCUUGUAUACAAUGGCCAUUUUUAUAUAAAAAUGAUAACGUAAGGAGGACUAUAUUAUUAUAGGAAGUAGACUUGUAUUCUGAUCAAAUGCCAUGUUUUCUAACGCAAUGAUAAUGCAAGUCGUUUCAUUUGCACAAAUAUGUCAUCUACUUUGGAUUGUAUUUAACUUUUUGAAGACAUUUUAACAUCUAGAUUAAGAGUUAUAUAUACUAAAUGCUUCGAGCUUAAAUACGUACUGGCAUUUAAUUAUAUUAAGUGUAAUGUGUAUUAUGAAGGCUUUAACCGUGUACCUUGAGUAGUGUUGAUUUUACUACGAAUGAGUAUUUAUAUAUAUCCAUUCGUCUAUUUGGCAUCAAUCGUCCACUUGAUAUUUAAUGUUAAAAAAAAUGUUGGCCACAAUUAAUUAGUAGGUUUAUUCAAUUAUGUUAUAAAUCUUUGUAUAUUAUAUAAUUUAUAAAUAAAUGAUAUAUUGUACACCAGCA